GAAGUUUUCCAGAAGAGAAUUUCGCAGCAUCUUGAUGACCUCGAAGGUGUAGCCACUGAGAUUGAUGACAUACUCAUUUGGGGAUCUGAUGAACAAGAGCACGACGCACGAUUAGAAGCCACCUUACAACGAUGUGAAGAAAUAAACCUCACGUUAAAUAUAGACAAGUGCAAGUUCAAUGUGAAUGAAGUAUCGUAUUGUGGUCACAACUUCACGAAAGACGGUGUGAAACCUGACGAGUCGAAGAUUAAAGCAAUUCAAGAUAUGCCAACACCCUCGUCGAAGAAGGAGAUUGAAAGAUUACUUGGAACUGUAAAUUACUUAGCAAAAUUUGUACCUAACCUAGCAACGAUAACAGCGCCAAUCAGAGAACUGCUGAAGAAAGAUAUCGAGUUCUAUUGGUCGCACGAGCAGACAAAAGCUUUUGAUGAGAUUAAAGAAAUUCUUACCCAGCAACCAGUUCUAAAGUUUUUUGAUCCAACUAAACCGGUUAUAGUGCGUUGUGAUGCCUCGCAGAAUGGACUUGGUGCAGUUCUGAUCCAGGAAGAACAACCAAUUGCCUAUGCGUCUCGUUCUAUGACUGAAGCAGAAACCGGGUAUGCACAGAUUGAGAAAGAACUACUCUCUGUUUUAUUUGCUCUUGAAAGAUUCAAUUCGUACACCUAUGGCGUGAAAGUUCUUGUAGAAAAUGACCAUAAGCCACUUGAGAUCAUUUUAAAGAAAUCCUUACAUGAUGCUCCUCUCAGAUUGCAAAGGAUGUUGUUAAGAUUACAGAAAUAUGAUUUUACCUGCAAGCAUAAGCCGGGCAAGGAUCUUGUGGUAGCGGACACUCUAUUACGGGCACCACUUCCCACUACAGAUUCAGAGUUAGAGAAAGAAAUAUCUUGCUAUGUUCACAUGGUAAUGUUCAAUCUUCCUGCGACCGAUGACAUGAUGGCGAGACUCAGGAUGGCCACAGAAGAAGAUGAAUUACUACGGCAGCUUAAGAAGACCGUUUUGAGCGGGUGGCCAGAUACAAAACGAGAAACACCAGUCAAAAUUAAGGAGUAUUGGCAUUGUAGAGAGGAAAUCUCAGAGAUUGAUGAUAUUCUUUUGAAGAAUGAAAAGAUUAUCAUCCCAAGUUCCUUUCGACCAGAAAUGUUGGAAAAGAUUCAUGCUGGACACAUGGGAACCGAAAAAUGCAAGAAACGUGCACGGGAUGUUCUGUAUUGGCCAGGGAUGAAUUCACAGAUAGAAGAAAUGGUCUUGAAAUGUCCUAACUGUCUAGAAUAUCGACCAUCAAACCAGAAAGAGCCCAUGAUAGUUCAACCAACUCCCACGAUUCCAUGGGAUACUGUCGCCACUGAUUUGUUCUACUGGAACAAUUCAAACUAUCUAUUAGUUGUGGACUAUUUUUCACGUUAUUUUGAGAUUGCGAAGUUGCCAGAUAUUAAGAGCAGCACUUUGGUUACUUACAUGAAAUCUAUAUUCGCCAGACACGGGAUUCCUAGAGAAGUAAAGAGUGAUAAUGGUCGGCAGUACACAUCACAAGAAUUUGGAAAGUUUUCGCAAGAGUGGAAUUUUCAACACACGACGACCAGUCCAUACCAUCCACAAGCUAAUGGUCUAGCUGAAAGAUCGGUGCAGACUGUCAAAAACUUAUUAAACAAAGCAAACAGAGAUGGAAGAGAUCCUUACGUUAGUAUUUUAGAAUAUCGAAAUACACCCAUUGAUCAGAUUGGUUCACCAGCGCAAUUACUGAUGAGAAGAAGAUUAAGAUCUGUUGUUCCCACAACGAAGUCUCUGUUACAACCUAAAGUCAUUGAUGAAGAUCUAGCGAGUUCAAAGUUAAUAACUAAGAAAACCUUUCAGAAACUGUAUUAUGACCGAGGCUCCAAAGAACUUCCUACAAUAUCACAAGGCGAGCAAGUUCGCAUAAAGCAAGGAAAAAUAUGGAAUCCAGCUGUGGUAACUAGUCAAGCACACACACCAAGGUCAUAUAUUGUGCAAAGUCCAGAUGGAAGCACUUACAGAAGAAACAGGAAACACAUUCUCAAGACGAAAGAAGGAAAUUCACAGUCAUUUGGAAAAGAAGAUUGUGAUGAUCCCAUUAGUCAAAGCAAUGAAGAGAAUGCAGUUGGUACAGAACCAGCAAAUGAUGGUGAUAAUGCAGUAUCUACAGAAGAAACAUCAGAGGAACAAUUACCAGUAACACUUGAUAAACUAUUUAGUGCAUCUCCACUAAAGACUAGAAGUGGAAGAAUAAUUAGGAAACCAAACGGUAUAAGGACUAUUAGUUAUGAACAUUAG